AGACUUUUGAGUUUUGACUCCAGCUAUUCCAAAAGUCUCCACCAACUGAACUGCGUCCAGUAGCAUAUAGUAUGAUAUAGUAACAUAAUUUCCUUCCCGUCAAACCAUCAAAGAGGGUUUACAGUCGCCAAUUUCUUGUUUUCUUGAUCAAGUAAAGUUUUACGAAAAUGCCUUUGAUUUGAGUUUUCUUGAACUGAUUCCAUAUUCAUGCAACUGAAUGAAAACAGGGUAGUAUCUGCAAAUCAAAAUUCCCCCUCGCCCCCUGAAUUUCUUCAUUGAUUCGCGUAGUUUGAAUUUCCUGGAACAAAUUUUUCUCCCAUUUGUUUGAUUUGGUUCUCAAUUUUCGCUCCGGAAGGGUUCAAUUUCAGAGCGGGAGUCUUCGAUUUGAAGUUGUGUUCCUCUGCCUGAUUUCCACGUACGCAUACGAUCAUUCAUGGCCACUCCACCGUGCCGGCGGAGUUCUAAGGUCGAAUUGAAAUUUCCAAAGCCGAAAGGGCCGAAACACAUAUCUCUUAUGGAGGCAAUCGACGGGGAUGAAGAGCAAUCGGCCCUGAUGAAGUCAAUUAUGAAGUCGGUCCCGGACUUGAAGAUGGAACAUGGGGUUCGGAUUCCGGAUUCCACUGUUUGCUGGGCAACCUAUCUUACUCAUCGCCACUUUUCCGAAACCCUUUCAGGGCGUGAGCUUGAAGAGAUGGCUGUAGAUAUACUGACUAGUGGUUGCUUGUUGGUGAAAUCUGAAAUCAAUAACCAUGCUGAUGAGAAAUGGAUGGAUGAACUGGAGUAUGUUUUCUGCCGUUAUAUUGUUGAAUCGAAUGAACUACUCAGGGAAAACCCUGAACCUGAGCAGUGGCUGAUUCGAGUUGCCAAGGAAUUCGAUGAAGCAAGAACUGUCUUGUCUAAGUUGGUCUCAGAACAGAAGCCCGUUCUCCUGCAAUCUCUUGAAGGGGAAGAAGCUUGUUACCGUCACACUCAAGAAUCCCUCCAUAAGCGUCUUGCUUUAACCCCUGGCGACAUUUCUUCUGCUUGCUGGACUGGGGACUACUUGAAAUGCUACCAUAAGUUGAGGAAACUAGAUGCGCUGGCUGCUGAGAUUGAGAAUAUUCAAAUGCAACCUGAUGAUGAUGUUAUGACGCUUGAUCGAAGGCACAUUGGACAGGUGGUGAGCAGGUUGAUUGGCAUUCCUCUUCCCUUGCUGCCUACUUAUGGUUCAACAGAAUUGUCAUGUUUGUCCAGCCACAUUUCUGAGAGGGUUGUUUGCCAGGAUGAUGCAAUCAGGCACAUCCAAGAGUCAAUAUUUACAAAUGCGUUGCUCCAUCCUGACAGAGUAAAGCGCCCUAGAGCCUCAUUGCUCUUUUUGGGACCCUCUGCAGUAGGCAAAACUGAAGUUGCCAAAUGCAUAACUGAGGUUUUCUUUAGUUCACUGGAUAAUUUGAUACACAUAGACAUGUCGAAAUAUGGAGAGUUGAAGCAAGAGUAUUCUGGCCUUCAGUGGCUUGCUGAGACUAUCAGUAAAAAUCCAUACAGUCUUAUCCUGUUCAAGAAAAUUGACAAGUCUCAUCUUGAUACAAUGAGGACUCUCCUUUUGGAUUUAGUUUGUGGCAACCUCAGUGAUAAUGGCCAGCAUGUCAACCUUUCUAAUGUGAUUGUUAUCCUGACCUCCAAUGUCGGAGCUGAAAAACUCACAUCACCAAGUUCUAUUGAUCAAAAUCCCAAGUGUCCUGAAAAAACGGUUCAUGAUCAUGUUCUUGAAGAGGCAACAACAAUUUUUGGUGCCGACUUGCUAAAUGCUCUGGAUGGCACUGUUGUCUUCGAUUCAUUGGCUCGUGGAGUUGAGAAUGCUACUAGGCACAUUCUGAGGAAAAGGGUUCAAGAAAUCUCUUUAAACAAACUCAUUGCAUCACCUUCAAAACAUGUUUUGGAUCUUGUAUCCAGUAAUUACUUCAGGCAGCCUGACAAAGGUGCUAACGCAAUCGAGCCCUGGCUGGAAGAAACUGUGAUCCCGCAUCUAUGGAGUAUUGUUGAAAAUAUGGCUAGCAAACAUCACAUACCGCCAUAUACAGUUUACAUUGACACCCUGGUCGGGACAGAAGAACUGUCAUUCAGAUUGGAUGAGACUGAUUUAGCUGAAAAAUGGAUGUACCAGCAUUUCAAUCAGUCAUUCAGAAAAUCUAGAAGUCUUUAUCAAAAGAGGAAUGAGAUUUUUGAGUUAAGAAACUGUCUCUCUUCACUUCCAGUUCCGGAUCCAGGCGACGAAUCCAAUCCCGAAACAGUGAUUUUUCUGCAGAAAGCUAUGCAUGCCAGUGAAAUUUGCAACAAAAUAAUCCAGCCGGAUGAGGAUUUGAACAAGGAGAUUUGGCACUUGGAGCCAAAAAACACAAUUUGUGUCCAUGCUAGCCAGUGUGUCCUUUGCGAAAACCUCAAACCAAGAUUACUACAACUGAAGAAGAGUAAUCAAAAUCAAGCUGUCAAUGUGUUUAUUGAUGCCGUGCUGGAAUCAAUUGACGAACCUCUUGGUCUUGACAAGAAAAGCCCUACAUCUUUUCUACUGAUGGGGCUCACUAGUUCUACUAGAUCAGAAUUUGUGAAUGAUCUCACCAAUCACUUUAAGAUGACUGAACCAGGUAGUAGUUUGCUUGUCCGGGUUGAUAUGUCAAACGAGGACUCUCAAUCACACCUAUUUUGCAACUCUGGAAGCCAUGAAAGUUAUGCAUUGUCAAUGAUGGAGGCUGUGAGGAUUUGUCCUCAUAGUAUUCUUCUGUUUGACCUCAUAGAGAAAGCUAAUGAUUCAGUACUUGGAACUCUGCUGAAUAUCCUCGACACUGGCAUGUUAAAUGAUGGUCCAAGUUCAAUGGUUGAUUUAAGGAAGACAACAAUUAUUGUGACAACAGAUCUGGGAAACAAAGAUAUGAUCAGCAAGUUCUUUGGUUGUUCUAAUCCUUCUACAUCUAAGAAUACUGAUGCGAAAGAGGUGCAGCAACGUUUCAGGUCUGAGAUGGUUUACCGGAUGAAUGAAAUUGUGCUUUUUGAUCCCCUUGCACAAGAGAAAAUGAAUAUUGUUAGGCUUCCUUUGAAAAGAGAAGGUGCUCUUCUCCAAUUGGAUCUGAGAAAGUCCCGCAAGCUAAUCCAUAGCCUCUUUGGGAACAAUGCAGCUCUGCUUGAAGAUUCAGAUUUACAAAUGAUUGAAGAGUCUAUGGAUAGUGAUUGGGUAUACACCAUCGACCAUGAUGAGGAUGAAUCGAGGAAAAAGGGCAGAGGGUUGAUCAACAGUUUGUUCUCCAAACAUUUCUAGAAUCUUUCUUACCAUCAUCUCCAUCGACAACAUUCAAUGGUAUCUUCAUGUCUGGAUCCUGUGAAAUUAGACAUUAACUGACAUCAGCUGCAGUAUAGCCAUUCAAUCUGUUGAUGUUCCCUUCUUUAGGAUAUACGGAGUUUGCACAGUCGUAUUCUUUGUUUGUAGGAUAUAGAUUGUUUCCCUUGUCAUAAACAUAGUGUGAUUUUGUACAGCUAUUACUGCGACAAAAAUUUGUAAUAACACUACUCCCUCCGCCCAAAAUGAUUAUUCCGUUAAUUGUACUAAAUAAUCAUUUUGUGACGGAGGGUAGUAUGCGAAGAGGGUUAAUGAAGGAAGUUUCAAUUUUAAUUGACUGCUUGGAAAGAAGAUUACAAGAAGGUUUUCAGGUUUAUAUCAGGACAGCGAAGAUUGUACCUGAUGUUCAAAUUUUCGAUUGCUAGAACUACUUUUUGAGUUUCUUUUUCUAGAUUUUUUUUGUUUCGGUUGAUUUUUACGUGUCUUUCUUUACAAAGCAAUUGGCAC